AUGGUUACGUCUUCUGGGGCUCAUGGCAAGUAUGGUGGACAUAGUCCCGUGGUGCAGACUAAGGAUGCGACCCAUUCAGCUCCAUCUUCUUGCCCACUAUCGGCCAAAACUGCAUUCAAUAACUCAUCUCGUACCAGUCGUUCAAGAUAUUCAACCACAUCUACGUUGGUGGCUGAAUCCAUCCAACCUCAACAUAGGUCUGUCUUUCAUUCCAACCAAACCGAAAAUGACCUUAAUAACGGAUGCUUCCAACCACGGCUGGGGGGCGCAUCUCGGCACAGAACCAGUUGCGGGGAAUUGGAACCCAGACGAGAGGGUCCUCCAUAUCAACGUUCUCGAGCUGCUGGCUGUCAGAAAAGCACUGAUCCACUUCCAGCGCACAAUAAAAGGUCAUGCAGUGCUAGUAAAGUCCGACAACUCCACCGUUGUCUCCUACAUAAACCGUCAAGGAGGCACACGGUCCCCUCAGCUUUGUCUUCACACUUGGGAUCUCCUAAUGUGGUGCACCACGAACGACAUAACGUUGACGGCACUUCACAUUGCUGGCAAGCUGAACCUCAUGGCAGAUGCUCUCUCCAGGGGGAAAAUAAUCCCGACAGAAUGGACGCUACAUCCAACGGUAGUCCAGAACAUUUUUCAAAGGCUCGAUCGCCCGCACAUAGAUCUGUUUGCAUCAGCCCUCAACAACCAUCUGCCGGUAUACUGCGCACGAAGUCCCGAUCCCCAUGCGUGGGCAAUGGACGCCCUUUCCAUAAGCUGGACAAACAUGUUCGGAUACGCAUUUCCACCAAUCUCUCUCCUUCCGAAGGUCCUGAGGAAGAUAGAGUCGGAUCAUUGCAAAAUAAUCCUCAUCGCCCCAUUCUGGCCUCGUCAGCCUUGGUUUCAGAGGAUAGUCAAUCUUCUGAUUCACACACCAAUAAUACUCCCUCAGAGGGUAGAUCUUCUUGCUCAACCCCGCUCCAAAAUUCUACUGCCAGAGCCAGAGACACUUCACCUGACGUGUUGGCUAUUGUCGAACAGUCUCUCCGAACAGCAGGACUUUCGGCAAACGCUGCCACCAUUGCUGCCCAAAGUCGUAGGGCCUCAACACGACAGUCAUAUAAUAGCCGACUACGACAUUAUUAUAAAUGGUGCAGAGACAAGUCUAUUGAUCCAUCCACAGCAUCUGUAGGACAAAUCAGUGAUUUCCUCAUGGAACGGUUUACACAAGGCCUCUCCGUUUCCACAGUUCGAGGCUACCGUUCCGCAAUAGCGGCAGUUCAUACAGGUUUUUCUGACGGAUCAACAGUUUCAAACAGCAUCCUCUUAAAACAUCUACACCGGGGUAUGUUUGUAAGUCGCCCACCGCAACAACGACUAGUCCCUUCUUGGGACUUGGGGUCAGUUCUGUCGGCAUUGACAAAGCCGCCAUAUGAGCCCCUUGCUAAUGCCUCUCUGCUAAACUUGACAUUAAAAACAAUUUUCCUGAUAGCAGCGGCUACAGCCAGGAGACGCAGUGAGUUGCAUGCCCUUACCAUAGAACAGGGUCAUGUACGAUGGGAACCACAUGGAGUUCGACUGAUUCCUCAUAAAAUGUUCCUGGCCAAGAAUCAGUCAUCAACUUUCCAACCAUCGGAUAUUUUUAUUCCUGAGAUAAAAACUAUCUCUUCAGUCAGAGAUGACAAACUCUGGUGUCCGGUUCGGGCCCUCAAGUGGUAUUGCUCCCUAACCAAGCCCCUUAGGGGUGAGACCAACCAGUUGUUCAUUACGACAACUCAGCCUUAUUCAGGGGCAUCACGGGACACGAUCUCCCGAUGGAUAGUUAGGACAAUCAACUCUUCUGUACCAGAUUGGCCUACACGUUCAGAGAACACUGCCCAUGCUCAUGACACAAAAGCAUUAACAACAUCAUGGGCAUUUUUGAAAGGCGUUCCUCUGCCAAACAUUCUACAGGCAGCUGCUUGGAAAACGCCAUCAACUUUCGUCUCGUGCUACCUGAAGGACGUUCUAUGUUCAGAAGGUCAAGCGGGACAAGUAGCCCUCUCGGCUGCCAUGGCAUCUCAUCCCAACCAUCAGGACAGGUUGACUGCCUCCAACACCUAG